AUGUCAAACCAAAUUCGUACCAUCUGCCCCUCGACCCACGAGGUCAUUUUUGACCAGCCUGGCACUUCACUCGAAGAAGCUAUCAAGGUUGCUGCUGCCUCAAAGCAAGCCUUUGAGUCUUACAAAACAACCUCUCUGGAGGACCGGAAAAGAAUUGUGAAACAAGCAUUGGACAUUAUUGAACAACGCCGCGAUGAUCUGGCCAAAGAACUGACUGCGCAAAUGGGGCGACCCAUCCGGUACUGUGCAUCAGAGAUCAACACUAUGCGUUUGCGCGCCGAGUACUUGAUGGAUAUUGCUGAAGAGAGCCUGUCCGAUCUCCCUGGUCGGCCAGAAGCCGGCUUCCGGCGAACAGUCAAGCGUGUUCCCGUGGGACCAGUGCUUAUUGCGGGUGCUUGGAAUUAUCCUUACCUGACUACUGUCAAUGCUCUUGUCCCGGCACUUCUUGCUGGUAAUAGUGUUAUAUUGCGCCCUUCGCCGCAGACCCCGCUAUUUGGAAACAGACUACUCGAGAUCUUUACUGAGGCAGGACUUCCCCCUCAGGUCCUUCAGGUCAUUCAUAUUGGAAACCUGGAUGUUUUGGAUCAGGUGGCACAGAUCCCUGAGAUCCAGUCUGUCUCAUUUACUGGAUCAACUGCAGGUGGAAUUAGACUUAGGGAGGCAACCGCCCGACACAUCAAGCCCGUCAACCUCGAGCUUGGUGGAAAUGACCCCGCAUAUGUUCGUUCAGAUGCCGACGUGAAGCACGUUGCAGAGCAGCUUGUGGACGGAGCUGUUUUCAAUUCCGGACAGAGUUGCUGUUCCAUUGAGCGGGUAUACGUGCAUGAGAAGAUUUACGAGGACUUUGUUUGCGCUGUGCAGGAGGAGCUGAAAUCGUAUAAACUCGGUGAUCCGCAGGAUUCAAGCACAACUACAGGCCCUGUCAUCUCAACGCAGGCCAUGGAGAAGAUCACUGCUCAUGUGCAGGAUGCAAUUGCUAAAGGAGCCGUCAACUCUACUCCCCAGAACCUAAGCUUCGAUGUGGCGAGCAAUCCUCAGAUCCAAAAGGGCAACUUUGUCUCUCCGGUUGUUUUGACCAAUGUCAACCACACCAUGGCUACAAUGAAGGAGGAGACUUUCGGUCCUGUGAUGCCAAUCAUGAAGGUCUCCAGUGAUGAUGAAGCUAUUACAUUGAUGAAUGACAGCGAUUAUGGCCUGACGGCGAGCGUCUGGACGAAAGAUAUCACUCGCGGAGAGGAGUUGAUCGAUCGCAUUGAGGCCGGUACGGUGUUCAUUAAUCGCUGUGACUAUCCAAGCCCGGACCUUGCUUGGACAGGCUGGAAGACCUCGGGUUUGGGUUGCACCCUUGGCCCGCGUGGAUACGAUGGAUUCGUGAAGCUGAAGAGUUUCCACAUCAAGGAUGGCUCGGCAUGA